AUGACAGACGACUUGGACGUCAUCCGUGUCCCAGUCAUUGUUGCAAACUGUCCCCCAGGUCGCAUCACGGAAGAUCUCUACGCGUCCGCUGGCGGGGUUCGAACCAUCGCCAACCAACCAAACCGUACCUUUGCGGCACAGAACGGGAUAGUGAAAUGCGGGGGCAGUUGGCAGCAACUCGGCGAGAAAUGCUUCCUGGCCGUGGCGGGCUCCAACCGCGACUGGAAAGACGCCCGGAGUGACUGCCAGACUAGGGCCGGAACUGAUCUGGCUGUUAUCCCUGACCAGGCGACCACUACUUUCCUACAGUCGAUGUUGGCAGGGGUCACAUCUCAGUAUUGGGUCGGACUACAUGACCUCCCCAAUGAGAACGAUUUCAGAUGGGUCGACGGCCAGUCGCUUAUCGAUACAAACUACACGAACUGGGCGCCUAACCAACCCAACAACGGUUGGCUUUUCUCUGAGGAUUGUGUUACCUUCAAACCGUCCAAUGGAAAAUGGAAUGACGCAGCCUGUGACUUCGGUACCAGACCUUACAUCUGUGAAAGGAAUAGCUGUAAGUGA